UAAAAGUUGAAAUUAUUUCUAUAUCAAAUUGGAGUACUUAUCUCCUUUGAAGUGCAGUGCCAAUUGCUUGGUAAGUUCUGACAAAAAAAACUCCAAUAAAAUUAUAAUGUGUUGGACAGACUUAGGGAUUAAGCCGAGACACAGCAUAACGGCUGCAUUAUGGUGGGAUUAAGUGAUUUCAGUGAAUUUCUAUCCACUCCAGACUAUGGAAUUGUGUUUUUGAUGUUAGUAAUUUCCAUGGGAAUAGGCUUUUACCAUGGACUAAAGAAACGGAAAGUCUUGAGAGAUGAAAUCGAAUAUCUGAUGGCCGGUAAGAGCAUGUCCGUGGUUCCAGUAAGUUUGAGCAUUUUAGCCAGUUCCGUAAGUGGCUUGUGCUUAAUAGGAUUUUCAACAGAAAUGUAUUUAUACGGAAGUGCCUAUCUUUAUGGCAUACUGAAUAUAAUACUUGCCAUUGCCUUCUUCAAUAAGUUUCUUUUGCCUGUGUUCCAUGCACUCGAAAUCACUUCGAUUUACAAUUAUUUGGAAAAACGAUUCAAUCGAAGAGUGAGAAUAUUUGGAUCAUGUACUUUUGUCAUUCUAGCUACACUCUAUAUGCCUAUUCUCCUCUAUAUGCCAAGUCUAGCCUUCAAUCAAGUAACUGGAAUUGAUAUGAAAGUAACUGCUGCAGUCUUGACAAUAAUUGUGAUUUUCUACACUUGCAUCGGAGGCUUCCGAGCAACUGUUUGGACUGAUGUCUUCCAGACCGUAGUUAUGUGCAGUUCAGUGAUUAUUGUCAUUGUUAAGGGAUACGUCGAUCUGGUAGAAAAAAUAGGUCUUAGUGCAAUCUUCCAGAAGUCUCAUCAAACAAAUCGAUAUGAAUUCCCAACUUUCGAUUUAGAUCCAACUAUACGACUAUCAUUCUGGUCAAUCAGCAUUGGAGGUCCUUGUUAUACAGUUUUCUUUGUUUGCAAUCAGAUUGUACUACAACGAUGUCUUGCUCUUCCGACUCUGACACAGGCCAGGAAAGCUUCUUGGAUAUUUGGUAUUCUGUUCUGUUUCAUCUUCAUCAUAGGCCUUUUUGGUGGUACCCUUCUUGUAGCAAUAUUCAGUUCUUGUGAUCCUAAGAUGUCUGGAAUUAUUAAGGAAUACGAUCAAUUGAUUCCUUUAUUAGUAAUUUUGACAUCAAAAUCCCUUCCUGGACUAAAAGGAAUUUUUAUCGGAGGAAUGUUUUGUGCUUCACUUAGCUCUAUUUCGACCUAUCUUAACUCUUUGGCAGCGGUAAUCCUUGAGGAUUUUUGCAAGACUUUGUGGAAAGGAAAUCUCUCAAAGGGAAUUCGAAGUAUUAUAAUGAGAGGCGUUGUUAUUGGCUUUGGCCUAAUAGCAAUUCCUCUAACAGUAAUUGCUGUGAAAACCGAUACAAUCCUACAAUUCUCAUUCACUAUUGAAAGCGUUAUAAGUGGUCCAGUUCUGGGGAUCUUUAUCAUGGGCAUCUUUUUUCCUUCAAUUGAUGGAAAGUGUGCCCUUGCUGGAGGAAUAUCCAGUCUCUUUUUUGUCGGAUGGAUUACAUUAUCAGCCAACAGAGCCAUUGCUUCUGGCGAUCUAACCUUCGAGACAAAACAUCUUGACCAUAGUGAUUGUCCUCAUAUAUUAAACACAACUUUGAGCUCAACACCCAACAAUGAGGUUGAAAAGUCAGACGUGAUGUUUCUCUUCAGAAUUUCGUACUAUUACUAUAUCCCUUUAGGACUUUCCACCACUAUCUUCGUGGCUUUCCUCGUGAGGUUCAUUCUCGGAGGAAAUAAAACUGCUAAAGUAGAUUCCGCCCUCAUUUAUCAGUCAUCUCAUCGUCAAACACAUCAAAUUGAGAUUCCAUCAGACUUAGAGAUAGAUGAAGAAGAAGCUGGAAAGUUGAUGAAGAACUUGCAUCAUUAAGUGAAAAGUUCAUUAAGAAAAUCUUUUCACAAUAAGGAAAUUUUCUUGGUACUUUUUACAAUAAAUUUAGAUAAUACUUUUUUGUGCUUUAAUCACCAGAUACAAGUAAUUAAUUUUCCUAUAAAAUAAUAUAAUUAUCAUCCCUCUGUGUUAAGAAAAAUUUGAAAUAAAUUUGAAUUUGUGAAAAU